CGCUAUAUACGUUUCAAAAGGCAUAUGGCGGACGUUUUAUAUAUUUUUGCAUCGAAAACUGAUAAAAUCCUUUAGUUAUGAGUAUCUUGUGACCGCUAGAGCGUAUUUGUUAAAAAUUAGAUGAUAAACGUUAGUUUUUAAUGUGUAAAUAAGUCUAUUAUAUCUAGAGUCUUAUAAAUAUUGAUAGUAUUUUCGUGCGUGGACGUUUUGAUCCGUAUUGUUGAAAAACGAAAAGUCUGUGAUAUAAACAAUACAUAGGUGAUAGAAUAAUUUCCUGAACAAUUUUGUAUAUAUUGUAAAGUUGUUAUAGAAUUUUAGCGAAAGUAAUAAUAUAUUGCGAGAAGACUGAGUAACUGAGUGGAGGAUUUGCGAGCUAUGUCAGCUGUGAACCUAUUGUCUUCUUUGAGGGAGAAACCGACCGAUGAAAACCCGGAUGAUGGCUCGAACCACGAAGGUGAAGACAACGGCGUGUCGGGCGGCGGCGGCGGGGGCGGCGACCCGGCAGUCCUCGCGGUGGGUCCGGCGCGCAAGCCGCUCCAGUACUCGCGCGACCAGCUCAUGCGACUUCGCAACUCGCCGCUGGUCAAACGCAACCUGGAGAACGCGUUCGCUGGCUGCGAGGCUCUGGCGCUGGUGUUGAAGAGACGUUCCGAUUCGCCCAACGAGGAAGACCGAGGCGCGAGAGGCGAUGCACCCAAUGAGAACCAUAAGGGUGUGUACGGCCGAGACCGCGACCGGGAGCGUCGGUCCGCCGACCCCCGGGAACGAGUCCGCAAGGAGUCCGAACCGAGCGGCGGCGGCAUCGUGCUGUCCCCGCAACGUCGCAGCUUCACCUCUGGCUGCGGGGCUCCGGCCGCCGCGGUGCCGGUGGCGCCGCCGCCCCACCUGGCGCGGACCCGACCCGAGUCGCCUCUGCCGGCCGCGGCACCGGCGCCCGUGCAGCCGGCGCAUCCUGCUAAGACUAAUGAGCAAGGUGGUCGUCGCAUCGGCUCGGGUCGUAUCAUGGUCCGCGACGUGCCGAACAGCGCGUGGGAGGAGGGCGAGUACCGCGGCGCCGAGCCCUACCGCCCGCCGCGCGAGCGCGAGCGCGAACGCGAGCGCGAGCGCGAACAUGCUCGCCCUAACAACGACAGGUUCGAACGGCGCUCGUUCGGAAGAGACUCCUACUCCUCUGACAUCAAGAGGGAACGGGACGAUCGCUUCAUCAAUGAGAAGAUGCAACAUAGAGAGGACAACCGUAGAUCUGGUGGUCGCUUCUCUCAACGACGUCUUGAGAAGGAAGACGAACCCGAAUGGUUUAGUGGAGGGCCCACAUCUCAACUGGAAACGAUCGAGCUCCGCGGUUUCGACGACCCUCGCGACCCGCCCAAGAAGAACGGCAAUGCUAACGGCAAGGAGACUGAGAAGUGGAACAACAACGGCGGGUCGCGGUCGCCGGCGGGCGAGCGCUGGCGGGACACGUCGUCGCCGCUCGCGCAGACCAACAACGACUCCGCUAACACCACCAGUGAAAAGGAUUCAGGCGUGGAGUCGAAGCCCGAGGAGCCUCCUGCGAACAACGAGCAGCCCGAGUUCAACCUGGACGAGUUCCUCAAGUUCGACUCCAUUCCCGACGUGCUGACCAACGGCGGCGGCGAGUCUGAAGGCGGCAGUCGCUUCAGCCGCUGGUUCCGGCGCGAGAGUCCCACCAACGAUGCCAAGCAUUACGAGCGACUGCUGCAUAAUAUGGUCGACGAGCUGGACAACCCCCGGCCGGAGGCGCCGACUGCGGAGCCGGACACGCACGUGUUCGCGCCCAUCUCGCCGCAGCCGCACGCCACGCUGUUCGACCUGCUGCUGCGGGCCAACGCGCAGCACCACGACCACAGACCCGAGGUGAACCACGUGCACGGCGGCAAAGUGCACAGCUUAGAGGAGCUAGAAGCUCGUCUGCGGCCGCAGCACUCGCAGCAUCAGCCGCCGCAUCAGCAGCAUCAGCCGAUGCAUCAGCAUCAGCACCACAACGUACCUGAUCAUGAUCUCACUGCUUUUAAACGUCUCUUGGCGCAGGUGUCGGGCGGGCACGCGGUGACGGCGGCGGCCGACCCGCCGCGGCCGCAGCCGCAGCCACAGAACUUGAGCUUGAUGCAGAUGCUAAAGAAGAGCGUGGAGCAACAGACGGCUCAGCAACAGCACCAGCAACAGCAACAACAACAGCAACAGCAGCAACAACAGCCGCACAUACCGCAGGAGCUCCUUUACAAGCUCUUGCAAGUGCAGCAACACCAGCAGCAGCAGCAACAACAGCAACAGCAGCAGCAACAAGCAACAGGCGGCGAGAUGGGAGGCAUCGCGGCCGCCGACAGGGAGCUGCUGCAGCGGCCUGAGGCCCAGGCUAUUGUGCGAGGUCUGCAAACUGGUGAGAUAACUGCUCAGCACCUGAUGCAGCAGCUGAGCAACCCUGGGCUGCAGAGUCGUCACCGCGAAGUGCUGCUCACCAUACUCAGGCUGCACCAGCACCAGAGACAGAUGGGCGAGUCGCCGCUGCCAGGCCCGCAGCACCUGAUCGUUCCGGGCCACCACCAGCCGCUGCGUCUGUCGCCGCUGCCACAUCAAGGCGUGCCGGUCCGCAUCCCGUCCCCGCGCGAGCUGGCCGUGCACACGCAGUCCAUCAUGCAGAGCGCCCUCAUCAAGAAGAAGCUGGAGGAGCAGCGCGAGAACAGCCGCCGCCACCACCAGCUGCAGCAGCCCAAGCAGCCCACGCCCAUCUCCUUCACCCCCACCUCGGUUUUACGUAAAAUGACUGCAGAGAAAGAGUCUGACGCGCCCAGUCCGAAGCAGCAGCAGUGGUCGCAGCCACCCAAGGUGCCGCAGGGCAGGCCGAUUGUUAAGGGUAAUCAGAGCGGCACAGCACCGACGAUCGGGUAUGCGACACCCAAUGACUACCAGCAGCACUACAUGACCCAGCAACAGCAAAUGCUGGGUUCAGUUCGCCCCUUCCCUCAUCCUCCUCAGAGGCAGCAAGUACCCAAUUCAUACAAUAAUAUGAACAACAUGGCUCGCGGCAUGGCGGGCGGCACGUCGCUACAUAAGCUGCUCAUACAGUCGCAUCAGAGGAGUCUUAAUGGCGAUUUCGCAGAGAUGGGCGGCGCGGGCGGCACGGGCGGCGGCGACAACCAGCUAGCGCGCUGGUUCAGCCCCGAGCUACUCGCGCGAGCCUCGGCCGGCAAGCUGCCCUCCGUGCACGUGCCCAACGCGCUCUCGCUCGAGGACCUCGAGCGCCACCACCACUCCUCCGCGCCCGUGCGGAACUGAGCUCCGCCGCCGCACCACCCGAUAUAUAUACCCCGUCUGUAGUGCUACCAGCUGUGGAGGUCGAUGAACUCUGUAGCCUGCUACCAGCUGUAGAGGUCAAUGAACUCUGUAGCCUGCUGACUAGACUGCCCUCAUAAGCGUAAAAACAGUAUCUCAGUGAAUAGCUAGUUUAGAGAUUUGUAAAAUUAAUGUAAAGUAAAACUAAAAUGGAGAAAACUUUCGUAACGUUUUUUUAAUACCUUUUAAGUGCGCAUUUUUUUGAGCUCCGAUGGCAUAAAAAUCAAAAAUUGUAAUGCUGUUUUUGCUCUUAGUAGGGUAGUAAACGGGUCAAUAUACUCUGUAGCCUGCUAGCAGCUACAGAGGUCAAUGAACUCUGUACCCAGCCCGCAACUACAGAAUGCAAUCAAACUCUUUUGUUUCGUUCCAAAUUUGAAUUUUCCAAACCUUCGAUUCCAAUAGCAAUAUCGUCGAACUCCAUUUUAGAAUAAUUUGAAUAAUUCUAGAAUUAGUUCACUCGUUCACUUGCUCCAUUCGUCAAAACUUGACCGUUGUAAAAAUUAUCUGUCAGCAAAAUAGCGUAAAUUAUAACGUAAACGAGUAAAUAUUGCAUGAUAAACAUAAAUUAAUAUAACUGAUGACUUUAAUGCAAACUUGUCCAAUUUCUGUUUUCAUUAGAUCUGAACGGUUUUGAGUUUCUAUUAACUUGCCAUGUUGUUUAUUUGGAACAUUGAAAUUAUGUGCAUGAUUUGAACUUGUUAUACUCAUAUUGUGGGACAUCGUGUAGAAAUAAUCCGCCAAUAGAACCAAACGUAUUGCGUUCCUACAACUACUCAAAAGACAUCGAAAUACAUUGAUAACUUGCAAGCACGGACGAAGUAUGAAAUAUGUAAGAAAUAUUUUAAUGUAUAUCGUUUAAGACCUGAUUUUGCCCGUUAGUAGUGUUUUGAAGUCCGCGACUUUUUAACCUUUCGUUAUAGAAACUUGAAAACUUAGAUAACUUACGAAACAAAAGUCAAUGUUCCCCUUCAAUAUGUAACCGGACAGGACUAGUAUUUACUUGAGGUUGCAGCUGAUGGCGAGUAGCAAUUUUGAUGUAUUAAUUUGUCUAGGCUGUUUCGACUGAUAGUCAUUAUUUUGACCCGCCGUCAGCUCCCUUCUCUGACUUCCAAUUGACUUCGUUCUAGUGGAGUAGUGACUCCUUCCAUGACGCUCUGAGCGCGGGCCGCUCGGCCGCCUCCGAGCUGCGAGACUGAUGCGAAUGUGUGCGUGACUGUGUAUACGUAUGUCUACGGUUGUGUUUGUAAGCAUUUUUGUUACUACGUCGUUUAUGUGAGGAGAAGGAUUUUCGUUGAUAAAAAGUAAUAAUAGAAGUAUUGUCGUUCCCCGCGUCUGUACUCAGCGAGGCGGGAAGACCGACAUAGUUAGGGCGACCGUUUUAGUUCCGAAUCGCGAUUUCAUUUUGUAAUACGAUUUUGGAAUUUGGCACAAGUGUAACGAAAAAAAAAAAUUUAACAUUUGUGUUUGAAAUUCCUUGAAUAUAUUUUUUUAUGAAUUUUACGAUUCGCGUGCGAUUUUAGCGAUUCUUUUUUUCAUCAUUGAGACCUGAGCUAGAUGCAUGUCAAUUAUCAUUUCGGAUAGCCGCACAGUAGGAGCGUAUACAGAUGUACCCAGUCCAACUUAUUAUAAAACGUGGCUUCAGUACUAGGCUCAAACCAUCGUCCAGAACAAAGUUAAUGGUAUAAACCUUGUACUAAAGCGGGUACUCUAUAAGACCACGUUUUAUAAUAAAGUGGAGUAAGUAAUACAUAGGACCGACCGGUUUUGUUUCUCUUCCCUGUGUACGCCCUUACGACAAAUGUAGAGUAUUACCGUCCAGAAAGCGUAUGUCAAUCUGUUUAUUGGAAACUCAAGCAAUUAUACUACGUAAAUACAGCCUAUGCCUUUUAAUUAAUUUAAUAGUAUUGUAAACCCUAUUGUUUUCGACCAGCAACAUGUAUUGUUCAGAAUGGACAAAUUAACCAAAGUAUACAGAUGUUUAAAAGGAUACAAUGUGAAGAAUGUUUAUUUACCUAUAUUCAUUAUGUUGUAUAACUAUGAAAUAUAAUUUUAAUCGGAGUUAGUCCAACGUCCAUCAGAACGUGAUCACUGGUCGACAAAACAUUUUGAUGACAUUUUGAGACGGAUUUGAAAGAAUACUCUAAUCAUGAAUUGUUAUGUUUAUUUGUGAGGGGCCGUGGUGCCCUCAGCGGCGUAUGACGUGGCUGACGGGACCGCAAGGCCGAUAUCUGGUUUAGUGGCGAAAUUUCAGUUAAACGGGAUUGUGAGCCGUGAGCAGCACGGCGGCACGACUGUGCCGACGCUUACUUGUAACAAACAACUCGAGAAAAUGUAUGUAAGCUUUAAAUUAUUGAAUAAAGAAAAAAUUGAAAGUUC